CUGACACUAGCGGAUGCGUCGACGGUCGAACAGACUCCGGAUCCUCCCUUGACAGUCUAUUGUUUCGAUACACCUGUCUUUCGGUGAAGGUUUCGCUGCUUAUUGUGUAAACAAGAAAUGGUUGUAGUUUCUUCCGCUAUUUUCUUCAUAUUCCGAGGUUUAGAUGUUGAAGUGUUUUUCAAAGGUGGACUAAACUGACACUUCAGUUCUUCAUGUUUCUGGUAGCAUUUUGGUAGGAAAGGCUGCUCAUUUCAUUGGGAUGGACACUACUUUGAAGAGAUGCCUCUGACCUCAUUUUGAAGAUGUAUGCAGGGGCAGAAACGAGUAAAGAAACGCACAAUAUUUCUCCACAUAUUGCAGCACACAAAUCAUCACUGGCAGCUACCUCUGCACCAACAAACUUAACUUCUGUUGUAUUGUCAGGUUCCUCCUGUGGACCCCAUGAUGUUGCUCCUUCACACAUCGCUAACAAAGGGCUCAGUCCUCAUAUCCCAACUUACCGCGUAGGAAUACAUGUGCCUCAUCAUUCAGUUGUAAAGGGAAUAGAUAGUGAUGGUCACUUGCUUUUACCUCGCCACAGUCAUGGCAAUCUUCCAAGUAACCUCUCUAAGAGCGGCCCACAAGACCUGUCUGCUCAUGCAGCUGGAGGUAGUGAAAAGGCUGUUCCACUUGAGUUAACUCCACAUACCUCAACACAUCACAAGCCAUUGCCUCACAUUCACACAGUUGUGAGCCAGGCCAUGAAUACCAGUCAUGUAGGGACAGUUAUACCUGCCCACCAGUCUGACAGAGGCUCUCCAUAUUACCGUGUUCAAGAUCCUGUCAUCAGUGUUCAAGGGCAAUCAUGUAUAUUAGUGUCAACAGUUGGGGAGGCUGUGUCUUGUCAUCAGCCUACAACUCAAACAGCUACACUAGUACAUGCCCAAACCUCAUUACCAACACAGAUCUCUGCCACAAAUUUAACAACUAUGCCUGCUGCUUCAUUAGCAGGUACUGUGACACUGCCAAGUCAUGGACAUCCUCUUAUGGCAACCACAAUUCCUCAAGGGCAUAUAGUGUUAACCGAUUGCACUUCAGCAUCGGCUGUUGGAGACGAACACGGUUCUGCUCUUUCACUAGAGCCUAAAAAAGAAAAAGUUGAUAAUAUAGACAAUAUGAGUGUCCCUGUUAACCAUGAUAGUGAUGGAACUCAGUUAACAAUUGGAACUCAGCAAUCUGUUGGAUCACAGCCUGGUACAGUACAGCAGUCUGUUAGUCCUCAGCAUCAGCAACAUGUUGAAGGUCAACAACAGUCAUCUGGACCUCAGCGAGAUCUUGUGAGGCAGGCGCUUCAGGCUGUAGUUACUCAUCCCCAACAUAAGACUGGGAAUGAUCAAGAGGUUAUUGAAUACAACUACACCGCUGGAGACAUAGCAGUACAUGGAUUGUGUGGUGAAGAAAAUGAAGAAAGGACAUUGGGAAGAAGACCCAAGUUGGAACUAGAUGAGCUGCUGAUGAUGAACAUCCAAGUUAAUGCAUCACUGCAGGCAAUUAAUAAGGGUGGACCUCCUCCAGACUCUGGUUCUGCUCAGGUUGUAGUUCUUCAGCCUGCAGCUGUAGAUGACACAAAUGAACUGCAGUGUCCAGUAGGCACUCCUAAACAGCGUCGCCGUCCAAAGUUAACUGAAGAAGCACAAGUAGAGAGAAGAAAUAAGAUUGCUUGUCGCAUGCGGGAAAAAAGAGCUGGAGAGAACGACGAACAGAAAAGGAUGCGACGCUUGAGAGAAGCCGAGCGCAUGAGACGUAAGAGGGCAACUGAGAGUGAGGAAAGUAAGUUGAGACGAAGACUGGAGGCUGCAGCAAGGGCUAGACACAGAAGGGCUACUAUGUCACCUGAGGAAAGAGUUAUAGACAGACAAAAGGCAGCAGCACGGAUGCGAUUACGGCGUGCUACUGAGAGUGACGAGGCAAAAGCCAUUCGACGUAUGAAAGCUGCUGAGAGAAUGCGAAAAAGAAGAGCCAAUGAGACUCCGGAACAGCGGGCUCAUAGACGGCAAAAUAUUGCGUUGCGCAUGAAAACGCGGCGUAAACAGAAAACAGAUUCUGGUGUGAAUGGUGAUGACCCGGAUGUAAAUAAUAUGAACUGUAGACUUAUAAAGUGUGAAAAUGCAGGGAGUGUUUCUCCAAGCACAGACGGUCAAGAUUCACUUGUAAAUGUAAGUACUGGACAGGCUACCCAUCUGUCCACAGCACAACUAGUUCAGCCAGGUUCUCAUGUAGCUAUACCUUCAAGUGUAGGUGUUGGGGGAAGUAUUGCACUUCUCCAUGUGGAUGCUGCCAUUCCCCAAGUGGCUAUUACACCAACAUCAGUACUUUCCACUGUAGAUAUGGCUCAGCUCACUCAAUCUCAGCCUCUCCCCCUGCAUAAGUCAGUCACCACAUCUGAACAACAGGUUUGUGAACCCAUACCCCUGCAGAAGCACAUUGUUGCAAGUCAAGAGUCAUCUCCGUCUGCAACGCUUUCAACAGCAUCCACUCAUUUGCAGAGUAUUACUAGCAUAUCAGAACCCAUUCCAUUACACAAGACAUCAAGUCAUCAUCAUCAUCUAGUUCAUUAUCAGCACUCAAGUACUUCACACCAACUCCAAACUUCAUUACCACAACAGUCAUCUCAUCAUCAUUCUUUGCCUCCGCGCCAUCAGCAGCAACAAUAAAGUUUGGAUUGUAUAUUAUUUGAAUUAGAUUUAUAUUUUUUGCAAUAAUUUACAUGUCCAAUGGUAUUGUCCUUAUGUUGAAAGUACAAGAUGAUGAAAACAGCCACAUUUAAUGCUGUGUUAAUCAUUUAUCAAAUUUUAUAUAGAUGUAAGGAGGAGAAAAGCUAUUUUAAACUUCUCCUGUUACGAAACAAUUCAUAUGCCUUUGUAGAUUGAGUUAUUGUUUUACCAAUAAUUGUAUAUUAGGUAUUUAAUAGAAGCUUAACCUGGAAAGUUUGCACCUGUACAGAAACUGCAGCGGUUUUAACAUUAGAAAGUUUUGAAAUACACUAGUUUGUGUAUCUUUUUACUUGAUACUAUAAUUCAAGACACAAAUUUUUUCUAGCUGCCACCCAAUUUCAUUUGUGACAUACUUGGUGUUAUAAAAGAGGGAUUAGGGAGUAGUUGAAUUCUUAAUGACCUCUUCUUUUAGGGAGUGUUGAAUUUAUAGUGUUAUUUUAACUUUACUUUAUUAAUUUUUUUUGUCUUGGAUCUCAGGGUAGUAUUUUGCUUUCUAAGACUGACUUCUUAACUGUCAGUGAUGGUAGACUCCAGUUAUCAGGCAGAGGCUCUUGUAGAAAGGAUACCUCUGAAUUGUUUGUUUCUGGAAGUUUUCCAUAAUCGUACAAGAAAGUGCAGGGUCCAAAAUAUUUAUUUAUGAAAAUAGAUAUUUAAUAUGAAUUCUUCAAACCUUGGAAGUUUCAGUAAAAUUUAGGUGUUGCUAAAAUUUUUUAUUCACAUUUUUAAACAAACUGAUUACAGUACUGUAGUAUAUUUUACAAAAUAUUUUUUUAUAGCAGUCCCCAUUGUGGAAGAAACAUCUGAAUAACCAUUCAUGGUAUAUAUAUUUUCAAGUACAACAUAUCAAAAUUUCUUUGUAUUGUUGAUUUUACCAUCAUAGUUUGAUGUACUAUUCUGCUGUGGUUGUUAAGGACAGAAGUACUAUGUUAGGUAAACCAAUAUAUCUCAUUCAUUAAUAAGAAGUUUUGUUCUGUACCCUCUGAGGAAUUGGAUAUAUUUAAUUUUAUUAUUUUGUGGAUGAGAUACUUACUGCUUUCAGUUUUGCAUAUUUUUUCUGAGUAUAUUUACUUAUGAGUGAUGCUUUUAACAUGUAAAUCAGUCAUUCUCUCUCUUGAAAAACUUAUUACCAGUGUUAGUUACAUAGCUGACCCAUUCCCUCUUGCAAAAUACACAUAACUACCUCAUAAUUUACUUAUACCUUUUGUCCUGUGCAUAAUGAUUAGCUGAGAGAUGGAAUUAUGAAAGAAGCAUUAAAUUUAUGUCUCCUCCAGUGACUGUUCCACCACUAGGGAGAGCUUAACUAAAUUGCACUCAAUCAGCAACUCUAUUGUGUGUUCAUAUAUUAUUUUUUUUUUUCACAUCAUUUGAGUUAAUAUUAUUACAGUCUUUUCAGUCACAGAUAGCCAGGAAUAUUAUUUAGAACAGGAAGUUAGGCAAUGGCAAGUGUAGUAGACAAUAGUUAAUAGUCACUGCCCUCUUUGCAAGUAUGUGCUAUGCCCCUUACAAUUAUUUGGUAUGGCCCAUCUCGGUUAUAAGGUAUAAAACCCCCUUUGGUACUAAGGUUCUUUGCAGAGACCCUUUGGUCCUGAGCUGUAUAACUUGUUGCCUGUAACAUUUCAUCCAUUUCCUUUGGUCUCUUCCCACCUUACAAUCCAAUUUCUUUAAUCUUAUUGACCUCCAGUACUAUUUAUUUUUCACGUAAGAAAGAAGCUUGUAAAAGUUUGGAGACAUUGUUAUCCCAUUAAACUGCUUUGUCAUAGACAAUUAAGGGGACAGUGUUCAGUGGUAUAGCAUUCCAUUUUUGUCAAGUAGACUUAACUAGUUAGGUAAUUUCAUCUUUUUAAUAACAUGUUUUGUUUUAUUUAAUAAAUAUAAGCCAUUUUGCUUCAGGCUUGAGAAGAAGCACUUUGGUAAUGUUCAGAUGCUCAGGGUAGAUGAUAAAAAUGAUUACAGGAUAUUUUUGGUGAAAGUUUUCAUCUGGUCAGACUUGAAUUAGAGCAGAUAUAUACAUAGGAGUGUGUACUUGAGCGGAAGAAGGAUAAGGUUGCUAAGGUUAGUGAACAUUUGAUUCAUUAGAUAAAAAUUUGUGCCAGAUGACUGUAGCAUCUGGUAUUUUAUUGUCCUUUUCCUCCCAUCUAUGUGCUGUGAUGAAUGAUCCUUUGCUUAACCCUUGAAUGAACGUAUACCAUUAUAUGAGUUGAGUAACAAUAACAGGUUUUUGAGUUGAGAGCGGAUUUACUCAUGGUGAGCAUCAGUAUUGUGCACCAUCGAUUUGGAGGAAUCGGGCGGGAAAGAGGUUCCUUUACUUCUGUGGCCCAUAAAUUCACUAAUGGCAACUUUUAGACUGGGUCAGAUCAACGAUUGUUGGCGGCUCAUGAGUUGUUGUGAUCUAGACUUCAAGAGGGCAUGUUGUGCUUUGCUUUCUAUCAUGACAUCCUUUUAUUUAUAUGCUCUUAAAUAUACCCAGGGGUUGCUGUUGGUUUUAGUUCUUAUAUUUUAUAAUAGUAUGUCAUUUAUAAUUUUAAUUUUGCAAAAAUUUAGAAAAAAGUAUAAUCCAAAAGUGUCACUGCAUCUUCAAUUUCUGUAAAUAUAUGUAAAUAUUUUGCAACAAAAAUACUCAAAAAUUGUUACUGAUUUUAGUUCUUUCUAUAAUGCUGUUGUGUGAGUUGUAAUUAUGAUUAUACAAAAUAAAAUAAAAUAAAUUAUUAGAAAAAGCAUCUAUAACUUGGUAAAACAUACAAUUGUCUUGUAAAAGAGGCCCAAAAAGGGGUUGUAAAGAGUCACUUUCAGCUUCCAGUGGAAGGUAGGGAGCAUUUUAAAAAAUUUUCUUCUUACAUCACUUUCUUCUUACACCAUGUGCAUUUGCUUGUCUUCGUCUUUCCAUUGAUGUGUUUUUUCUUAAACUGGCCUGCCUCAAAGUUGUUAACGGGUUAGGGAUCCCUGAAGAAAGAAAACUUGUAAUGUCAACUGCAUUUGAGCUUAAUGUUUCAAUGUCAAGUUAUUGUACUCUUGCCUUGAAAGGCACCCUGCACUCAUCUCUACCUGGCCUUGCUGUUUUGCUUGCAACACUAGGCAGGAUGCUGCUGCAAACAGUAUGUCCAUUUCUAGUAUCAGGAUUAAUACUACUUGGUUUGCUUGAGUUUUAUUUGUAGCCACAACAAAAAUCUUAUUAGUGUGGCAAGUGCAGUUGUGGAAUCUUCUGACCUCCAAAUGUUUAAGUAAGGAGCAGAUUCAUUCUUGACUCCUGCUGAUGGCUGCUGAAUUCAGGUGUACUAUCAGUAUUAAUUUAGUUUCCCUUGUAUUUAUUUAUUCAUCAAACCUUAUCCAUUACUUGUCUCUCUCUGCAGGCUGGUUUCCCUUUGCAGCCUUCUUCGAUUUAUAAGUCUGUCCAUGAGGCUUUUUAGCAGAAGAUUUAAAGAAACAAGAAGAAAAAAAAAAGAAAGGAUCAUUCUAUAAGAAGUGUAACAUCAUACCUUCACUUUGUGAGUCAGACUUCCAUUGUCUGUUACCUACCACCCACGGCUCAGUAAAGCUCAUGCAUUGCACCAAAUACUCUUGGUGCAUCAGACAUUUAUGGCAAAUCGAAUACUAGAGUACAUUGCAGAACAUACCAAGAACUGUUUAACAGCCUUACUACAACACUUUAUAUAUCACUUGAUUUGUAGAACUGGAAAGUGCAAAGCAAAUAUUGCAUAUAUACAUUGGUAACCAUGUCAGUUAGGGUACCAAAAUAAAGUAUAUACAUUGCUUAAGUCAUGUACUGCUAUGAAAAAAUCAUGUAGAGCAUUGUGAAUUAUUUGGCAAUAUACAGUUUUAUAUAGGCACUAAUGAGAAUAUUGAAGAGAUAUGUCCAAAAUGAAAAAAAAUAAGGCUUUAAAUAGGAAUAAUGGACAGAAAAAAGUAGAUGGGAAUCCGGCAACAAUUAUUUGAUUAAUGAACACUUGACAAAUCAGAAAACCAGAUUCAGUGAACAAGAGAUUACUCAGUGCCUGGCCAUUUGAUCUAGUUUUGUACAUUACAUGAUUCUGUAAGAAAUGUAACCCAAAAGGAUAUUUAUAUUUAUGAAAUCACAAGAGUAGACUACUUGUAGUGUAUGGUAACUGCCUCUAUAAUGUCAACCAAAUUAAAUAAGUAAAGAGUGAAUCUCAACGUGUUAGGUCGUCCAUGAUAAUUGAGCUUUGUUGGCUACCUAUUAAAUUAGUUAAUAUAAAAUGUGUAUUUUGAAAUGCAUUAUGAUCUGGUGUAUAAUACAGAUAUUAAGAUCUGCUUGUGCAAAAUCAUCACCACUAUCCCUGAGCUAAGGGAUUGGUUGCUUUGAUGUAUCUGUCAUGCUUUAAAGAUUUGGCUCAGGUUUUUAUGACCACAUGCCCUUGCAGUUGUCAACUACAGUUAUUGGUGAUGGGCCUAGUCUUUGACUAAAUAGAAUUAUCUGCAAGGCAGCAGUUGUUCUUUUAGUUGCCUAUUACAACACACAGGACUAUGGUGGUUGUAUUCUUACACUCCCAUCACAAAGUGAUGCUUGUGGGAAAUAUAUUGCCAUAAAUGUUGCUCCAAAUUGAGGCAUAGGUGAAUUUAGAUUAAUGGAGCUAAUAUGGAAGAUUGGGCCCUGGUUGUUUGAAUGAUACCAUUUAGCAGGAUAAGUAACAUUCCUUUGCAAAUUAAGGAUUAAGCAACCACCUUGUAGCUGCUUGUGGCAGCAACCCUAGACCUAAACUGAUGAUCUACGAUAUGGAAUGAACUGAAUAAUUUUGAAAAGUUGUCUAUUGGUCUUUGUUACUGUUAAGGUAGGACAGUAGGAUUAUCAAUAAACUUCCUUGUCCUUUUUACCUGAAGAUGUCACUUGCUAUAUGGCCAAUUUUUUUUAGAGCUAGUGAGUAACUGGCUUCAUUUGUUGUCUCCUUAACUUUCACAUAGCAAAUUGUACAUAAUAAGGAAUAUGGAAUUAGUUAUUAUUCUCUCAAGUACAUCAUUUAUUUGCAGGGGUGAAUACAUUGUAGGUAGCUAGACUUAAGAAGAUACCAUAAGUCUUUAUAAAAAGUAUUUCUGGUUCCAGUAAAGAAUAGAGUCCCUUUUUCCUGGGUAACAAAUCUUGAGCACAUAAGCGUGGAGAAGAAAUGCUUCAUCACAAAGAAAAUUGUUUUUCAGCUAAUUGUUGCACAGUGAGCAGUUUGCAUAAGUAAAAUGAGGACUGUAUUUUUGAAACAUGAAAAUUAUUGUAAAAUUUGUGUUUGGAAUUUUAUUGCAAAUAUUUUGAGUUGUAUAUAUAGUUUUUUAAACCUUGAAAAUAUAUGUAUAUUUGAUGUAAAUUUCUUGUAAAUUAUUUAUGUAUUUUUGUCAUAGAUUAUUGAAUUAUGAUAAAAGAGUGAAUUAUUGUAAAAAUCUUUUAAACAGCCAAUAGUAUAUGACUUAUCAUUGAUUAUUAUAGAACUGGAGGUUUCAUUAUUGGCAAUUGGGUAAUCAAGGUAUAAAACUGUUGUACAAGAAUUUGGAAUAAUUCUUGACUGAAGACACUGGCUGGUUAGUUUAAGCUAUUGAAGUAACUUUUCAUGUUAUCUUGAGAGAAAUAUUACUGAGGAGUUAUACAUAUUUCAUGUUUUGCUAUGAUAAAAAACCUAAAGUAAUUGCAUUAUUACAUUAUCUGGUGGUAUAGGAACCAUCAUCUCUAGGUAAAGGGACCUUACAAACAAUCCUUAAUUUGUCAGUACUGGAUUAAUGAAAGCUUGGGGGAUGAAGAUACCACAAUGUUGACAGACACUAGGAAUUCUCAGGUAACAUGAAUCAUUGCAGGAGGGAUUCUACAAGAUUGGUUAAUAGCAACUUUGGUGUAGCUAGAGUGUAGCCUCAUAACGCUGAUAGCACUAGUUAAUUCCCUGUGGAUCUCACCAAUAUAUCUAACUAGAUCUUUGUUAAGAUAUGAAGCUGUAUCACUUCAUUUUGUCUUGCAAAAAAUAAGUAAAUUCCACAAGAAUGUUAUCAUUAGUGUGGUAUACCAUCUUUUUACAAGAACAACAAUAUUGUUAUACAGUAGUACCUCGUACUUCAAACUUAAUCUGUUCCAGAAGGCUGCACAAAGUACGAUUUGUUCGAAUUAUGAAACAAAUAUCUCCCUAAGAAAUAAGGGGAAUCAGGAUAAUUUGUUCCAGCCAACUCAAAAAGUCCCCCUUUCCGCAUUUUUUCUAUUAUUGAUGUGUUCAAAAGUUGAAUUAAGAGUUUAAAGUAAUGAAACAGUACGUUAUAUUAAGUAAAAUUUUUGAAAUUUUAUUUUUUAUGUGUACGAUUUACGAACUGUUGGGUGAAAAUGGCACCCUGCCGACUGGGAGAAUGAGCGUGUUUACACAUAGAUCUUAAGUGCAUGAAAGAAAUUAAUUAUGUCACAAUACAUCAACUUACUGUUGGCAAACGGCAGACCUUAAAAUAAACAUGAGGAUUUUGCAAACAAAUAAGUAAUAAGUCAAGACUGCAAAAAAAAUUAAGAGCGAUAAAAUAACUUAUCACAAGGAAGCCGUUUAAACGAACAAUCGAAGGCAUGCAGAAGCUGAAACUGGUACCAGUUUGUCUAUUACAGAGCUGAGUUACUUUUACGGUAGUAAAAAAUUGUAAAAAGCAAUUGUCACUAGAUAUGUAUUUUACUCUUAACAAAAAUAAAGUGAUUUAGGGAGAUUGAGUGUAAGUGAAAGAAAUGGGUCAAUAAUCAUCCCAGCCCAGCUGAUAAGUAAGUGGGAAGCAGAGCCCCUCCCUCUCCUCUCCUUUUUCUCUCUCUCUAUUGUCUCACUCAGCGUGCUAAGCAAGUUUUUUUUUUUUUUUUUUUCUGUAUUGCAUUGAUUGUUUUCAUGUUUUAUCAUUAUGUUAAAUCUAUUGUGAAAUAACAUUAUUUUCUAUGUGAAUUGGUGCUGCUUUUACGUACAUGUUAUAGUAAAGAUUUUACUGCCUCUUCUCUCCUCAACAAUAACAUGAUGCACGAUAACUUAAAAUCAUUAAUUCAUUAUUCCUAAAAUAUAUAAACGCCCCCUCCCUCUGCCUCAAGUUAGCUGUGUAUCACUGCAAAGGCACACAGAACACAAGCAAAAAACGGCAUUGAACCGGGUAAAGGCCGAGAGAGGUCAACCACAUCUCUCGUCUUGAGAAAAGACUGAACGCUAUGGCGUGGGUGCGUUGUCCUUGACCACUUUUCACCCGAUAUACACACGCGUUGCCAGAUCUCACAAGAUUCCUUGCUUUCACCUGCGAUUUAACCGGAUCCAGCUAGGAGCUAGAAAAUUAUCCUAUUGUUAAGACUCCAGAAUACAAAUUGUCUUAGAAAAUUUGUCAUGUUAGUCGUUUAUUCUAAAUUUCAUUGUGAAAAGCUUUGUUUUUUCAUUUACUAUUUUGUUAAUAUUGUUCAACUAGACCGUCUAACUUGGCGCACCAAACACUGGUUCAAGUAAGACUUUUUUUUUUUCUUCUUCUUCUUCUUCUUCUUCUUCUUCUUCUUCUUCUUCUUCUUCUUCUUCUUCUUCUUCUGUACACUGCGUUUGAUUCUUUUCACAUUUUAUCAUUACUUUAAAUUUAUUGGGAAAUUCCCUUUUAUAUGUGAAUUAUUAUUGCUUUUACAUACAUACAGUAUUUUAUCUCUCUUCUCCUUCUCUCCUCAGCAUAUCAACACUCCCUCGUUCAGUCUCAAGUCAGCUGGGCGUGACGUCUCCACAGUUAUGUACGAUUUUAUACAUCUUUUAUGCUAAAUUUUACAUUGAAAGCUAAAUUUAAUAUUAAAUGCUUUAUGCUUUUAUUAAUUUUGUUGAAUAUGGUUAUUGUUAAACUAUAUUGUAAAUAAAAAAGUAAUACAGUUUAACUUGCAAGAUCCAGUAGGCAGUCAAAUACAAGUAUAAACUAGAUAAUCAGUCAGUUCAAAGUACGACCAUUAGUUUGGCAAACAAUACAAAAUUUUCUCAAAAAUUUCGUUUGAAAAACGGGAAGUUCGACAUUAAAACGUUUGACAAAUGAGGUACCAAUGUAUAUGAAAACAAACCAGCAGAGGUUUUAGAUCACUACCCUGAGGAACAUUGACAUUGGAUCUAAGCUUGCAAAAAAUGCCAUGAACAUUUGUUUUUUUUUUAGUAAUAACCUCUUUCACAGUUGUCAUGAAUUUUGUAAAUAAGAUCCAUAUUUUUAUGUAAAUCAAAAGCAUUACAGAUAUCAGUAAAUAGGUCUGGAUUCAUAUCCACAUCAGGUUUGUUUCAAAAGUAGCUAGGGAAGUACUAUUGCUUAAUUGUUUACUGUAGACUACAUAUACUUGUGACCAGGCAAUAUUCAUACUUGCAACCAGGCAGCAUUUAGAUUUAAGGGGAUUUUAUAAUGGAUUAAGAUUUAAGGUUUGCCAUUUGUACUCUUGAAGGAGGAACAAAAACAGCGUUCAUUUAUUUGAUCUUAUCUGGAAAAAUAGUUUUGAGAUGAAAAGUAGUAAAGUUUAGAUUUUCUUAAGAAAGAAUCCCAGACAUCAUUUUUUAUUUAAAUAGGAAAAAUCCAUAGGGUUGAUUAACAGCUUUCCAUAAUAGGUUCUAAGGAGGAAGGUAUAACUGUGUAUCAGAUCUAAAGGUGUGGGAACUCAAUGAUAUCCAAGAAAGAUGAGACUAAACUGUUGCUUGUUUGCAAUAUGAUAUUCAAGUCAGAUUCUAUUUGCCUGUUGGUGGAAUCUAUUUGUUUGUAGCUUUCAAGAAAGCACUGGUUGCUUCGGUUGUGAGCAGUGAUGUUGCCAUAUGUUGAACGAUCAGUUUUAACUUAGUUUAUCAGUCUGUUUGUGCAAAUUUUCAUAGCUGUUCUAGGGAAGAAAUGGUGUAGAGUUUUGAUUGUAUAGAUAUUAUCUUCACUGGAUGGAAGUUAUCACUAUCAGAUAUGAAUAACUGUGCUGUAGGACAAAGGUGGAAAUUGUGAUAGCUAUUCUAGGGAAGAAAUGGUGUAGAGCUUUGAUAGUGUCAGAUUUCAUAUCUUCAUUGGAGGAAGGUUGGUAUCACCUGACAUAAAUAACUGUGCUGUGUCACUUACUUUUGCCCAGCUGGUUAAAUUGCUUAGUAAUAGUAAACUAGUAAUACAUAUUGAUAAACUGAAUGCCUAUCUCUUUGGCAAAGUGACUAGAAGUGUCAUUAAACUUUCAGACCUUGUCCUGAACUAAGCAAAAAACUUUUGUCAGAGUCAAGUUCAUUACCAGAAUUGUUAGCCUUGUAAACAACUGAAGGCCGAGGAUCUGACAAUUCUUGAGCAGAUUUGUUGUGUGGGUCAGUAAUGCUUCAGUUCUUGUGCUUAGCACUAAAGUUGAAUGAUGUUUUGGGAUCAAGAGAUUAUGCCAAGUAUAUUUUUUCUAAGAAAUAUGUAAUGGUUGCUGGCAGGGAUGUGAUGCAUUCCAAAUACAUAUGUACUAAAAUAAUUAAUGCAGAGAAUUUUAUCACUUCAGUCAUAAGUCAUCAUCUCCAUGUGGCCUUUGUUCUUAAACCCAGCUUCCAUAGUCUCUGUCCCCGAAAACUACUUUUAGUUGUGUCUCAUUAUCUGCUGCAUUGUAGAUUUAAAGGUUCAAAGGUUGCUGUUGAGCCUCAGAGACAAGGGAUAUAUAAGAUCACCUCCCAGAUCCUUAUGCAGUUGCUGUUGAUGGCGUACCAGGUUGAUAUGAGUGCCCUCCAAACUCCUGUCCCUACAUCAUGGAGACAGCAAGGAAAGAUAUGUGAGUCAGUAUGCUGGAAAGUUUCUGGCAUUACCACUGACCUGGCACAGCCUUGGUACCUGCACAUUUGCAUUUGGUAUUUAGCAAUAGAAACCGAGCUGUUUAAGUGCAGAAUUGCAAAUGAAAAUGCCCUUUUAGCUGUGUAGGCUGGCAUACUUUAUAGCAUGCUCUCAGAAGUACAGUGAUGUAACACUGCCGAUGGUCAUCUGUGAGAUAUACUUAUGUAUCACUUCCAGUUUAAGAGACCAUUAUCAUUUACACCAUUAUCAUUAAGGUUGGUGUCUGAUUUUUUUUUUUUUUUUUUUUUUUUACUUAGUUUAACCAGACUACAGUCAACAGACUUGUAUAGGGCUAGCUUAGUGAUUCAUAGAAAAUUGAAUGCUUGGAGCUUUCCUGUUGGGUUUCAAGUAGUUAAAAUCAUUGUAAGGUCAAAUGUGUGUGAUGUCUGGGAAGUUUUCCUUAAUGGUAUCAUGUUGCUAAGGAAUCCAGUAAUCAUAGAGGGCAUGUUGGUGCUUGUCACAAAGAGGAAUUGCAAUCAUGAUGGCUUUCAGAUACAAGAUAAUUUUUCAGAAAAGCAUAUGUAGUCAACCUAAUUCUAUUUUCAGCUGUUGUAUAAUUUUCUUACACCUUUUCAACUUUACUGUGUAAAGAAAGGUUUUGUGUAUAUUUAGAGAUUUUGAAAGGUUUAUUUAGUAUUUCAUGGUUUACCAGAGAUUCCACCUUUACCUCCCAGAACAUUGUGAACUUAAUCUCAUGUUUCUUCAUCGGUCAACUCUGGUGUUCAGAGCAUAUGUGGAUAUGGAUCUUGUAACCUAAAAUUCAGUGUCCUUUUUGUCAGAAUUUGAGGUGAUCAGGUGACUUCAAAUCCACCUGGGAAAGAUCCCAUUAUUCAAAUUGGUAAGUCUGAGGAAGUUAUUACACAAGUUAUUGAAGCACAUUAUUGGCAUUCUCCUUUUGUGGAUUUUCAUGUUAGGGCAUUCCUUACUCCAUUAGCUGUCACGGUUAUUUUUGUUUGGUUGAGGGGGGGUUUGCUUGAUCUGUUGACAGAAAAAUAUCCUCAGUGUCUUGUAUAGAUAUGAUGUAUAGUAUUUCAGUUAUGUACUUACUUUUGUUGAGAAGAAAGGACAAAUCUUCUUUUGGGUAACCCUUGAAAUGCUCACCAGGUCAUUUUGUUUUAUGCAUCUGUUGUACAUUAUUCCCAAUGAAACCAUAAUAUCCGUGUUACUGUUUGGCCAUGACAGUAUAAAUACAAUUAUUAAGUUCCCCAUCCCAGAGGUUGGAAGUAUGUUAUAAACAAAAGUCAUAUUGCUCAUGACCCUCAAAUCCACAGACAUUGAUUCAAAAGAUGAAUGAAGGUGUACAUACUUGGUGCUUCUCUUGUUCAUAUGGAAUGCAAAGUUGUUAAACCACUAUGAAUUUUGUAAAACAAUGGGUGACACUGAAUAACACAUCUGACUUGAUUCACUGGCUUUACUUUACAGUGAGCUUGUAUUGAUUUGGAAGAGACUUUGAAACCAAGGGACUUCUCGGUAGCCACAUUCGGUACCCAGGACAGUACUUAGAAGCAAAUUAAAUUAUUUAAAGCAGUCUCAGCUUUGCUGUAUUUUAUUAAAGGAAAAUUACUAACUAAUUAGCAGUAGGGUCACACAAAACUAGCUGUUUUCAUCACGGUAAUGCUGUUGGCUAUUAUUGGAAUAAAGUGUCUUAUUUACUGCUCUGCUUUUAGGGAAGCACUAGGAAUGAAAACAGCUCCAGAUUAGAUAUAUCUAGGUUGUAGUGAAGGAAAGAGCUGCAAAAUGUGAAAGCUUUUUUUUUUAAAGGAAAUUUGCCCUGAUAAUUCUUCAUGGGAAAGAGUUGCACUUGUGGCUAAUAUCACAAAAGCUGUAUACAUAUUAGUUUCAUGUUUUAACAACUGUAUUGCCAAUGGCUGGUGUGAAGGUCUCUUAAUCUUUGUUCAGUUCUCUAUAUGAAUCACGAGGUAUAGUGAUUAAUUUAACCAAUAGACCAAGUUGGUCUGAGAACACUUUGUGUUACUGGAACUUUUAGCAACUUUCUAUAUUUGUGUUGUAGUUGCAUAAAACAGCAUCAUUGACCACCCUCCACCUCUUCUACACUUUAGAUGCCCAGAUGUUACAGAUUCCUUGCAUAUACAGUUUUUUUUAUUGUUUUUAACUAUUGUCCAGCUGACACCAGAAGAUUUCUCCUAUUGUUAAGACCUCAGGUUUGUUAGCUAUGAUAAAUACAAAUUGAUUAAAAAAUUUCCAUAUUUUAAUAAAGUAAUUUGUUGGUUAAAGCAGUAAAAUAUUUGUAAUUCUUAGCUGCAGUGUUCAUGAUGCAGGCAUUAUGAAAAAGGGUGGAAGGGAUGAUUUAAGCAUGCAAGUUUUUUUUUUUUUUUUUUUUUUAACCAAUAUGGAAAAUGUUUAAUGUUAUACAUACUUAAGUAUUGAAAGUUUUUAGGACUUCUUGCAUCCUAUUUGUGUUGGAGUUCCUUGUCAUCACUGUAAUUACCAUUAGUAUUCAGUUGUAGAGGUAGUUUGUGUUUUCUAUGGUGCCAUUUUCUCUUAAUUUAAUUAAAAAUUGGUCUUUCCAUCAGUUCAGCAAGCACUCUGUAUUCCUGUCCAAAUUUUUUUUUUAUCUGCCAUUUUCAAAUAUCUUAUCUCUCUACCUUUGUAGUACAGCAUCAAUUGUGAUCUCAUCCGUCCAUUUCACUUUAUACCGCAUUGUUUUCAGGCCCGCAUUUCACAUGUCCUUUAAUUCCUUAAUGACAUUACAUACUUUCUAUGAUCAAGUCAAGGGCAACACCAAACUUUGAUUUUGAUCAUCAUCAAGCUUCCUAUGAAUGUGUGAAAGGUUCUUUAUAAUGUUCAAAGAUUUUAGCCAGUGCUUUUCAUGUUUGUGGACAUGUCUUUGUUUCAAAAACUGUAAUUCUGGCUUCCUUAGAUCUUGAUAGCUGCAUACUGCUGUUUUUUAGGUUUUGUCUGCUUGCUGAUCUUCCUUGGAUUUUGAUAGCUGCAAUACUGUUUUUUGUGUUAUCUCUUUACUUGGUCUGUGCUUGCUGAUCUUUCUCUAAAUAAUUUCAAAUUUGUAAGGGUAAAUAUCUCCCUUCUAUGCUUGACAUGACUCUGUCUAUCUUAUUUGUCAGUAACAAUUUUUUUUUUAAUUAAGUAUGACCCUUUCCAGUUGGCACAUAACCUACUAAGAGUUUUUAUUAUCACUGAGUUUGUACUUUCAAAUGCUUCUCCAGUACCACAAAACUUGAGAGAACUGAUACCUUCUCAUAACAUCAUAAGGACACUAGUUUUUCUGUUUUACUACAACAUAUUUCAAGCAGUUUUGUUCCAUGGUCCCCACUCAUGCAUUGGAGAGCUUUCUCUUAGCAAUUGCCAUUGCUGAAUUAUUCAUCUGGCAUUUCUUUGCACAUCAUUUCUUGUCAUCUCAUUCUUAAUAUACACCAGUCUCAGAUGUAACAAGGUAGUCAUUGACACAGAAAUAAAAAUGCACAUGGAUUUGAUAAUACCAUGAUGGUUUUGUAGUUAGUAUUGUGUGUUAGAUAAAAGGGAAAAUUCAGUUGAAUUGUGGCAGUAGCACAUGACUUAAAUUUUUACCUCAGUUUAUGAAUGAAAAAUCAUUUGGUCAUAUUUCAUCAUGGGUAUAUUUAUUUUUCCAUAAAAAUUCUAAUGACAAUGUUUUGAAUAUUUGCCAGAUUCUGUGUUGUAUUAAUGAGAGAUUUUGUCUUGAGAGCUUUAGCAAAUAUUAAAAGAUUAUUGUACUACAACAUUUAACGUUAGUGUAUAUAACUUAUAUUUGUGGCUGGGUAAAGGAAGUGGGGAUCUUAGAUCUAAUGGUAAUUUUCAUUUUUAGCCUCAUAGGCUUUAAAAGGAAAUUAUAUAGUUGUAAGUCCCAUGGCAUUAUUGACAUGUUUUUUGAGUGUUACAGAGAAAUGUUGUGAUGAUUUUUUGUAAAGAUGUAUUUGCAGAUACUUUGCUAAUGAAUGACAAAAGGUGCUGAAAUUAAAAAAUUGUUAGUUUUUGCAAUACUCUGUUCCACAUAAGGCUUAUUGAAUUGGUUGUUGAAUCUCAGUAGUAUUUGGCUGUGUGCUGUUAAGUUUUCUCAGUAUAGUCAAAUAGGCUUUCAGUAUAGCACCGGACAUUGUGUGUCGGUUUUCAUCAUCUCACCACUGUUUCUUUCUUAAUGAAAGGAUAAUGCUGUAAAGUUAGAUAUAUUUAAUAUGUUGACAUUUUAUGGGUUAUUUUAAUGAUCAAUUGGCAAUUUUAUUAUAAAGUUUUUAAUUUAUGUUUUAAGAUAAUAAUGAUAGAC